UGUACAGUAAUUGCCACCGCACUUGAGCUCGAUUUAAAAAAAUCGUAGUCUUCCCUGACAUCUUUCUUUGUGCAAUUUCUGUCAGGUCUCAUGAAAAAUCCCGUUAUUGUGCUUUUGUAAUUCAUCUAACAAAGGCUUUUACUUGUUCCGACGGUAGACCGCAGUUAGUGGAACACGCGUUACAAACGCUGAUCCAUUCAGUGACAUUGUGGGAAGAUUUAUUUUGGUAUUUUAAUUAAUCGAUUUAGCCUUCCUCUCAAAAGAUAGUGUUUAUUUAUUAGUGAGCUCAAGUGAUUGCUGCCCAAGCAACAAUUUUUGUGCCACAGUCCCAUUCAAGAGAGAGCCGUGUCUUGGGGGAGAAGCACCCCGGGCACUACGGUGGCCCCAGAUACACCGGCACCAGCACCCCAGCCUCCGGGGGUGCUGGACAUGACGGCCACGGACAACAUCCGCUUCAGCGGCCACACGCUCGACAAGGCCACCAAGGCCAAGGUCACCUUAGAAAAUUUCUAUACUAAUCUCAUAACUCAACAUUAUGAGAGGAAACAGAGGCUCGAGAAGCUGGAGGAGUCACUCAAAGAUGAGAACUUGACAGAGAGCCAAAAACAAGAGAAAAGACAGCAACAUGCUCAAAAAGAAACAGAGUUUUUGAGGCUUAAGCGAUCGAGGCUCGGCGUAGAGGAUUUUGAACCGCUCAAAGUCAUCGGGCGAGGCGCGUUUGGUGAGGUCCGCCUCGUUCAAAAGAAAGAUACCGGUCAUGUUUACGCUAUGAAAAUACUCAGAAAAGCUGAUAUGCUUGAAAAAGAACAAGUGGCUCAUGUGCGGGCCGAGCGUGACAUCCUAGUAGAAGCGGACCACCAGUGGGUAGUGAAGAUGUACUAUAGUUUUCAAGAUCCCAUGAACUUAUACCUCAUCAUGGAGUUCCUGCCCGGCGGGGACAUGAUGACCCUACUCAUGAAAAAAGACACCCUUAGCGAAGAAUGUGCGCAGUUUUAUGUCGCUGAGACAGCACUGGCGAUCGACAGUAUACAUAAGCUCGGUUUCAUUCACAGGGACAUAAAGCCGGAUAACCUUCUGCUGGACGCGCGCGGGCACAUCAAGCUCAGCGACUUCGGGCUGUGCACGGGCCUCAAGAAGAGCCACCGCACUGACUUCUACCGCGACCUCUCGCGCGCCACGCCCUCAGACUUCAACUUUUUUUCAGUUUCGACAUCGUCGUCGGCGAUGGACUCGAAGCGGCGCGCGGAGUCUUGGAAGCGCAACCGGCGGGCGCUGGCAUACUCCACCGUGGGCACGCCCGACUACAUCGCGCCCGAGGUGUUCCUGCAGACCGGCUACGGCCCGCAGGCCGACUGGUGGAGCCUCGGCGUCAUCAUGUACGAGAUGCUGAUCGGGUACCCGCCGUUCUGCUCCGAGUCUCCGCAGGACACGUACCGCAAGGUGAUGUCGUGGCGCGAGUCGCUCACAUUCCCGCCCGAGAUACCCAUCAGCGAGGAGGCAAGGGAAACCAUUCUGCGCUUCUGCUCCGAACCGGACCGCAGGCUGGGUUCCGGGCGCGGCAUCGAGGACGUGAAGUCAGUGCCGUUCUUCCGCGGCGUGGACUGGAGCCACGUGCGCGAGCGCCCCGCCGCCAUCUCUGUCGAGGUGCGCUCCAUCGACGACACCUCCAACUUCGACGACUUCCCCGACGUCAAGCUCGAGAUACCGGCGGCGCCGAUCACGCAGGACGGCGAGGUGGCGUACAAAGAUUGGGUAUUCAUCAACUACACGUUCAAGCGGUUUGAGGGGCUCACCCAGCGCGGCACGCCCACCAAGAAGUGAGCGCCGACACCCCUCACAUCCAGCGGCUCCGCCCUGCGCCCUGCGCCCUGCGCCCUGCCCCUCCCCGCUAAUCGCGCCUAUGUUAACUUAACACUGACGUCUCUAUCACCCUAGCUGACCUGGAUUUAUACUAUACUAUACUAGAGUGCUCUCUGUUUUAGUCUGUAACUUGUUAUUUUUACACACAUAUCGACUAUUUAUUUCCAUACAACGACUUGUUAGCUGUCGAUUCAUAAAAGCGAUUAAAAUGAAGUUCACAACACA